CAUCCUGCAAAACACAUUGAAAAUCUAAACAAUGCGUUUGAAAUCGCCCACACUGAGCUUGGCAUCCCUAAACUCCUCGACGCCGAAGAUGUCGAUACAAAUCGCCCUGAUGAAAAGUCAAUUAUGACUUAUGUUGCUUCUUACUAUCACACAUUUGCUAGGAUGAAAAACGAAAUGAAAAGUGGAAGAAGGAUAGCCAACAUUGUGGGCCAAAUGAUGGACGCCGACAAAAUGAAAGUAUACUAUGAAAAACUAACGACCACGCUGUUAGAAUGGAUCAAACAAAAAGUUGCACAACUAGAGGACAGGAAUUUUCCCAAUUCUCUGGAGGGAAUACAAAAAGAAUUGUUGUCAUUCAAACAAUACAGAACAAUAGAAAAACCACCAAAGUACAAAGAUAGGAGUGAAAUAGAAGCACUUUAUUUUCACAUCAACACAUUGUUGAAAUCUCUUAACCAACCAGCUUUUAUUCCCUCAGAAGGAAAAUUGAUCCAUGAUUUAGAAAGAGGUUGGGAAAUGUUAGAAGCCGCUGAACACAGACGAGAAGUCGUUCUUAGACAAGAGCUCCUGCGACAAGAAAGAUUAGAGCAGCUUAACUACAAUUUUGAAAAAAAGAGUGUCCUCCGAGAAGGAUUUUUAAAAGAAAUGAUUCAAGUCUUAUCCGAUCAGAGGUAUGGUAGCAAUCUGGCUCAAGUGGACGCAACAGUAAAAAAGCACGAAGCCAUCAGUGCUGAUAUUUUAGCUAGGGAGGAACGUUUUCACGAUUUGAGUAACAUGUGUGAAGAGCUAAUCAAAGAGAAUUACCACGGGCAUGAAAAAGUAAAAAAAAGGGAAGUUGAAGUAUUGUCAAAAUGGAAGGAGCUUCUUCUUCUAUUGGAUAAACACCGUGCCAAUUUAAAUACAAUGUGCACCCUGAUGGCAAUGUCAAGGGAAAUUGACACUAUUAUGUCGACGAUAAAAGAUCUCGAGGCAAAUUUCCAAUCAGAGGAUGUUGGGCCUCAUUUACUAGGAGUUGAAGAUCUUCUGCAGAAGCAUAGUCUAAGUGAGAUGCAGAUUACUGUAGCUAUGGGCGAGACAGUAAGAAAGCUUACAAGACAAUGCCAGCAGUAUAUUUCAGCAGGUCACAAAGAAAGUCCAUUGCUGCAGUCCAGGAUUGAUCAAUUGAACAAAGCUUACACAAAUUUGAUAGAAAGGUGUAAAACUAGAAAAGAGAGAUUGGAAGAAGCUAGAAAUUUUUAUCAGUUUGUACAAGACCAUGAAGAUGAGGAAGGCUGGCUGAUUGAGAAACAGAGGAUCUGCCAGACGGGAAUAACAGCAAAGGAUUUACGCGCUGUAAUCAGCCUACAACAAAAACACAAGUUGAUGCUAGAUGAGAUGAGAGGGAGGAGACCAAAAUCAGAACAGUUGUGCAAUGCGGGUAAACAGUUGAUUAAUGAGAAACACCCAAAAUCAAAAGAAAUAAUGUCAAGGGUCCAGAGCUUGCAGCACCACUGGCAAAAAUUGACAGAAUUGUCGACUAGUAGGAGUAAACAGCUUCAAGACGCUGCUGAAGCAUAUCAAUUUUAUGCUGAUGCAAAUGAAGCUGAAUCAUGGUUAAAUGAAAUGAUGGCCCUCGUUAGUACAAAAGACGAUGGAGAAGACGAACCCAGUGCUCAAGCUCUUCUACACAGACACAAAGAUCUUGAAGGAGAAAUUAACGCUUACACUGGAGACAUUCAAAGUUUAAAUGCUCAAGCUGAGAAACUGGUCAAAGCUGGAAUUUCAACACUAGAGUUAUCAACUGAGCCUGAAAUAGUAGAAGUGGAGCCCAGAGUAGAAGAAUGGGUUUACGAGAAGCAGCUAGUCCCACAAGAAGUUUGGGAAGAAGAGCCUGUAGAAAAACUCGAGUCGAAAAAUGUCAAGGAAUACAUGCCUGUUACCGAAGUCAAAGCGCUUUAUGCUUUCAGCGGGCAGGAAGGAAUGGUCAUGGCUAAGGGAGAAGUGAUGAUCUUGCUUGACAAGAAAAAUCCUGAUUGGUGGAGUGUCAGAAAGGCCAACGGCCAAGUCGGUUUUGUACCUGCAAAUUAUGUUAAGGAACUAGAGCCAAAGAUGAGAGAAGUCAUCGUCCGUAGGGCUGAAAAAGUCCGAGGAGUUCAGAAAGUUAAAAAAACCAAACUUGUCGAAACAGUAGUCAGAGUGAAAAAAAUAUUACCUCCAAAACCAAAAGUUCAACCAAAGAAACAAGUAGUCAAUGAUAAUCAGCAAGUAGAAAAGAGACAGAAAUACAUAAAUGAGACAUACACUCAGUUAAAAGACCUAGCACAAAAAAGACGGGCUUUGUUAGAGGAUUCCAUCAGAUUAUAUGGUUUCUUUAGAGAGUGUGAAGAUUUCAGCAAAUGGAUUAAAGAUAAGGAAAAGAUGCUCAGGUCUGGAGAUAAAUCUGAUAAUGUUGAAACUGCAAAGAGAAAAUUUGAGAAAUUUUUAACCGAUCUGUCAGCUAGCAGUAAGAGGAUUGAGGCCCUUGAUGCCACAGUGGAUGAAUUUGUCGAACAGAACCAUUCACAGCUUGAUAAAGUGCGUGCCAAACAACAACAGAUCCAUCAAAUGUGGGACCACCUGAACUGGUUGAAAGCACAGAAAGACAAAAGCCUUGAGGGUGCAUCAAGUGUGGAAUUGUUCCACCGGACGUGUGUCGAAGCCAAAGACUGGAUGUAUGAAAAAAUGAUGCAGCUAGAUACUGCUGAGCUAGGCCCUGACCUGAAAACAGUACAAGCAUUGCAGAGAAGACAUCAAAACCUUGAAAGAGAGCUUGCGCCCGUUGAAGAAAAAGUGAACAGAGUAAACCACUUAGCAAACACUGUAAAAUCAUCUUAUCCAAAUGAAAAAUCAAGUGUUAAUACAAAACAAAAGGAAGUAUUAGAAUUGUGGGAUAAAGUCCAGAAAAAAGCUGUCGAUAGAAGAUCAAGACUUGAAAAUGCAGUUGGCCAACAGAUAUUUAUGAAUAGUUCAAAAAAUUUGCUGAAUUGGUUAACCUUGGUUAAAGAAGCUUUGAAUGCCGAUGAAACAGCACGGGAUGUUCAAACUGCUGAAAGCCUUCUGAAAAAGCAUAUCGAGUUGACUGAAGACAUCAAGGCCCAUAAUGACGAGUUUGUAGAAUUAUCAGACUUAGGAAAUCAGCUUGUAGCCCACAACCCUGGGCUGACUGAAGUCAAAGACAGAUUGGUCAAACUUGGAAAGGAACAAGCGGCUGUUCAAAAAGGACACGCUGAAAAAGGCGACUGGUUACGACAGUGCCUCGACCUCCAAUGUUUUAACCAGGAAGCUGAUCACAUUGAUACAACAACAUCUAUCCAUGAAGCUUUUCUUGACUUUACUGAUCUGGGUAGCUCAAUUGAUGAUGUACUCGCUUUGCUUAAGCGACAUGAAGAUUUUGAAAACACUUUAUAUGCUCAGGAUGAAAGAAUAAAGCAAUUUAGCGAUAUCGCUGACAAAUUAAUGAGAGCAAAACAUUAUGAUUCUGAAUAUGUAAACGACAGAAGAAAUCAAGUCAUUCAAAGACGUAAAAAUGUAAAGGAACUGUCUGCUAAGAGAAGAGCCGAAUUGAUCGCUUCUUCAAACUUCCACAAUUUUGCUGCAGAUGUUGAUGACCUGAGAGCUUGGCUUGGAGAAAAAAUAAAAACCGCUGGAGAUGAGUCAUACCGCGACUUGAACAACAUUGAGCGUAAGCUUCAAAAGCAUGAAGCUUUCGAAAGGGAGCUCAGAUCGAAUGAGAAACAACUGAGAACAAUAAACAAAGGCGGUGAAAGGUUGAUAGCGGAAGGCAAUUACAGAAAGCCCGAAGUUGAACAACUGCUUAAAGAGCUCAACGCAAAAUGGCACGCUCUUGUCAAAUGUUCCAUGGAAAAGGGCAAGCGACUGAGACAAGCCGCGGCUCAACAUUCUUACAACAGAACUCUGGAAGAUGCGAAGAUCAAGAUUGAAGAGAUCAAAUGCUGCUUACAAUCUGAUCAAUUAGGAUCUGACUUGAGAAAUUGCAAACAACUUCUUAAGAAACAUCAGGCAGUUGAAUCUGAUAUUAAUCAAUGGGAACAGAAGAUAAAAGAUUUGAAUUCUCUGGGCCAAGAAAUGGUUCAUGAGGGGCAUUUUGAUGCCGACAAUAUAAUUAAAGAUUGUAAAAAGUGUUAUGAUAAGUUUAGCGCUCUUCAAGAACCGGCCAGAAAGAGGCGAGAAGCUCUUGAAGAGUCACUCAUGUUUCAUAAAUUUGGCUUUGAACUCGAGACUGAGUUAGGUUGGAUAAGAGAACACCUACCGUUGGCUUCAUCAGACACUCUCGGCAGUAACCUUUACCAAGCACAAGCAUUAUUCAAAAAACACAAAAAAUUGGAAGCAGAAAUCGAAGGCCAUCAGCCGAUGAUUGAAAAAACUCUAGCAUCCGGCAACGCUUUAAUACAUCAAAGUCACCCAGAGACAAAGCAGGUCGCUUCGCUCUGCACAGGCCUGCAAGAUGCUUGGGAUGACCUGAAACAAAAGGCUCAUGACCGAGCUAAAAAGCUUGAGCUUUCGCUUAAAGCCCAACAGUUCUUUUCUGAAGCAAAUGAAGUUGAAAGUUGGCUCUCAGAGAAGAAUAAUAUUUUAAGCUCUUCAGAUUUUGGCAGAGACAGGGAUGCUGCCUCAAAGCUUCUCACUAAGCACAAGGCUUUAGAACUUGAACUUGACACAUAUAAUGGUAUUAUAUCGGAAAUGGGAAGAGUAUCGAAUGCGAUGGUAGUUAGUAAACAUCCUGACUGUAAAGCGAUUGCAAGCAAACAAGCAUCAAUCCAGCAGCAGAUGAGAAAUCUGCAAAAGUUGGCAAGUACAAGGCAAAAACGCCUUGUUGAAAGUAUGUGCCGACAUGAAUAUUUUAGCGAAAGCACUGAAUUGGAAGAAUGGAUCAAAGAGCAACUUCAAGCAGCCAGCUUGGAAGAUUAUGGACAAGACUAUGAACACUUACUUAAUCUGCAAAAGAAAUUUGAAGAUUUGAAACAUCUGGUUGAUGCAGGAACUGAACGUUUUAAUCAGUGUAAAGUCCUUGCGACCAAACUUGUAACAAAUGAAAGUCCUUAUGCAGAAGAAAUUGAAUCACGACAGUAUCAUUUAGGGGAAUAUUGGCAACAGUUGAUGACUGCACUUGACAAAAGGGAUCAGAGAUUAACUGCUGCUGGAGAAAUACACAGGUUCAAUCGAGAUGUAGCUGAUGCCUUAUCAAGAAUAAAUGACAAGAAAGCUGUCCUUGGAGAUGACUUAGGAAGAGACCUCAAUUCAGCUCUAGCACUUGUCCGGCGUCACGAAGGGUUUGAAAAUGACCUUGUCGCACUUGGUGACAGACUCCAGGUUCUUGUUGAAGAUGCAGUGAGACUCCAGGCUCUGUACCCAGGAAGCAAUGUCAAUCAGAUCGCACAGAAACAAGAAGUCCUAAUAGCUAGUUGGGAAGAUUUAAAACAACAAUCUGAUCUAAGGAAAAGAAUACUUCAAGCCAGCUGUGAUCAUCAACGAUUUUUAUCACAGGUCAGGGAUUUGAUGAGUUGGGCGAAUGAGUUACGAAUGACUAUAAUGACUGACGUCAAAGCCCGAGACGCUGGAAUGGCUCAGAGUUUUAAAGAAGAGCAUAAAAGGUUUUGUGCUGAAAUCGAAGCGAGAGAAGACAGCUUCCGGCAAGUUAUGGAUUUGGCUGAUGAAAUGAUUCAAAACAAUCAUUACGCAUCUCAUGAAAUUCAAGAAAAGUUCAAUCAGCUUCUUGAAGAGAGAGAGAAGCUUCACACAGUCUGCCAGCACAAGAAUGUCCACCUUGAUCAACAAAUUGAUCUUCAUCUUUUCUUAAGAGAUGCAAAACAGAUUGAUACAUUGUGCAAUUCUCAAGAAGUGGCUCUUUCUAACAAUGAUUUCGGCGAUUCUGUGGAUGAAGUAUCCAUUCAUGUCAAAAAGCAUGAUGCUUUUGAAAAACUGUUUGCUACGCAGGAGGACAAAGUCGCCCUUCUUAACGAACAUGCGUCAAAAUUGCUGGCUCAAAAUCAUUUCGAGGCAAACAUCAUUGCACAAAGGCUUCAAGAAGUAAUGGCCCGAAGAGCUGCAAUAAGAGAUUUGUGCAACAGCAAGAAAAACAAACUUGAUAAUGCGUUACUUCAUGCUCAGUUUAACCGCGAUGUUGCUGAAGCUGAACACUGGAUUGGAGAAAAACUGAAGAAGCUUGAAAUGGAAGCAAAAGCAGAGGUGAGCAGUUUAGAAGACAAAAUCAAAAAGUUACAAAAACAUCAAGCCUUCCAAGCUGAGCUUUCAGCUAACAAAGGAAGAAUCACAGCUAUACAAGAAAAAGGAGACCUACUUUUGGCCAAAAAGCACAAAUCAUCACGGGAAAUUCAAGAAAGUCUUGACCAUCUGGCAGCCUUGUGGAACAGCUUGCUCAAAGAAAGUGCGAACAGAGGCAGAGGACUGGAAGAAGCUCAAGAUAUUCUUGAAUUCAACAAUCAGCUUGAUAAGAUCGAAGCUUGGAUCAGAGAUAAAGAAAUGAUGGUACAAGCCGGUGAUAUGGGCAGAGAUUAUGAACACUGUUUAGCUCUCCAACGAAAAUUGGACGACGUCGACAGCGACAUGCGUGUCGAUGACACUAGGAUUAAAUCAAUCAAUGCUCUCGCCGAUAAACUAAUCAGGCAAGGUAGAAGUGAUACAAGAGCAGUUCAGCAAAAGAGAGACCAUUUCAAUAACAAAUGGCGAGGUCUUCAAGGAGCAUUGAGCGAAUACAGAGAGCAUCUGGCUGGUGCUUUAGAAAUACAUUCUUUUAAUAGAGACGUUGACGAUACAUCACAGAGAGUUUCUGAAAAAGCUUUAGCAAUGACAUCUGAUGAUUUAGGAAAAGAUUUGAAUGCUGUUGAACAUCUUCGAAGAAAGCAAGAUGCUCUUGAAAGAGAUAUGACCGCAAUUGAUGGUAAAUUAAAAGAGCACGAUGUAGAAUGCAGAAGGUUAGUAAGCAAAUACCCGGACAUGUCGACUCCAAUUAGGAACAAACUGACUGAGCUUCAGGACAACUGGCAUAACUUGCAGUCUUUGAAAAACAGGAGGAGAGAUGCGCUCAAUUCUGCUUAUACUAGUCAUAAGUUCCAAGCUGAACUCAAGGAACUCCAAAUUUGGGUUGCAGACACUAUCAAAAGGAUGGGUUCAUCUGAAUUACCUACUAAUGUUGCUGAAGCGCAUCUUAUGCUAGAGAUGCACGACGAAAGAAAAGCUGAAAUAGAUGGAAGACAAGAGAUUUUUAAGACACUGAAAGAAGCAGGUCUUCGUCUGAAUCCACCACAUGAAGAUGAUUUAGCCAAGUUGGAAGAACUCCGCCGUACGCUCGCAGCUGCUUGGGAGGAUCGCAGACAGAAAUUGGCCCAAGCUCAACAAUUACAAUUAUUCAAGCAGCAAGCAGAUCAAGUAGACAGCUGGCUCGCAUCAAAGGAAGCUUUUCUUAAUAAUGAUGAUUUGGGGGAUACAUUAGCAAGCGUGGAAGAAUUGAUAAUGAAGCAUGAAGCAUUUGAAAAAACGGUUGACUCACAGCUUAGCAGGGUUGACGAUGUUGAAAAACUAGGAAAAGAGGUUUUAUCGGACGAUCAUUACGCUGCAAAUGUAAUCAUGCAAAUUCUUCAAGCGCUAACUACAAGGAGAGAUAAACUUAAAGAGAAUACAAUGCUGAGAAGAAAGAGAUUGCAAGAGUCUAAGAAGCUUCACCAGUUCUUAAGAAAUGUCUACGAGGUGGAAAGCUGGUUGGUUCAAAAGCAGCAAGUCGCUGGCGAUGAAAGCUACAGGGAUUCUAGCAACCUUCAGAGCAAAAUUCAAAAACACAUCGCCUUCGAAGCUGAACUUGUCGCAAACAAAGGAAGAGUCAGUGGAGUUAGUAACGAAGGUGAAAAUUUAAUCCGCGAAAACCAUUUCGCAUCUGCUGAAAUCCAGAGUAAACUCGAUGAAUUAGAAUCUGAAUGGAGAUGUCUUCAAGAAACCAGUAUGAUUAAAAAAGAUAGAUUAAACGAAGCUUACCAAGCACUUUUGUUCAGCCGAACCCUCGAAGAACUUGAAACUUGGAUUGAUGACAUAGAAGGCCAACUGACAAGCGAAGACCAUGGAAAAGAUCUUAUAAGCAUUAAAAACUUGUUGAAGCGUCACACCCUUUUAGAAAACGAUGUGACUGGUCAUGGUGAUGCGUUCAACCAACUUAAAGAUACAGCUUCGGCAUUCCAAAGAUCUAACCAUUUUAUGAAAGAGGAAAUUCAAGAAAGGGCUAAAGCCGUGAUUGAAAGAUAUCGUUCUCUUCAAGAGCCAAUGCAAAUUAGAAGGGACAACUUGGAAGAUGCCCUACUCCUUCAUCAGCUUCUAAGAGACAUUGAAGAUGAAAUGCAAUGGUUUACAGAAAAAGAACCACUCGCAGCAUCAGUGGAUCUUGGAAACAGUUUAAAUGCAGUCCAGAGUUUACAGAAAAAACACCAGGUAUUGGAAGCUGAAAUUGCAUCGAGAGAACAGGUUGUCGCAUCAUUAGAGAACAGAGCGCAGCAAAUGGUAAGAAGUGGACAUUUCGCCGCUAACCGAAUUGAGACAGCCUACAAUGAUCUUUGCGAGCAAGUAGCCAAAAUCAAAAAUCUUUCUAAAGAACGAAAAGGUCGCCUUCUUGAUGCUGUCGAAUCACAAAUGUUUUAUGUAGAGGCAAGUGAAGCGGAAGCUUGGCUUAAAGAGAAAAAACCUUUACUUACGUCGAGUGAUCGCGGAAAAGAUGAAGACUCUGUUCAGUCUCUUCUCAAAAAAUUAGAAGGGAUUGGCCGUGAAAUCAUGUCCUUUCAUCAAACCGUCGGCAGACUUGCAAAUCUAUCCCAUGGUCUUUUGGACAGAAACCAUUUUGACAGUGUUAACAUUGAAAACAAACAGAUUGAAAUAGAGAAUAAACUAAAAGAAAUUGAAGCGCUUUAUAAAGAGAGAGAAUGGCUUCUUGUAGAAAGUCGUAAGUACUUCAGGUUUUUGAGAGAAGCGGAGGAAGUUGCAGAAUGGAUAAGCGACCAGACUGCUAUAGCUGCAUCAGAAGAUUAUGGCCGGGAUGUUGAACAUGUUGAACUUUUGAUUCAAAGAUUUGACAAUGUUCUUAGUGCUCUGUCCUCGAGUGAAGGCCGAGUCACAAACUGUUUACAGUCUGGAGAGGCAUUAAUUUCAGAAGAAAACCCAGAAUCGGACAAAAUAAAAGCUAAAAUGGAAGAAACUCAACAACUAUGGGAUGAUCUCAAAGAACUCGCACACGCUCGCCAUGAUGCACUGGCAGGUGCUAAACAAGUACAUGUAUUUGACCGUACAGCAGAUGAAACAAUUAGCUGGAUACAGGAAAAAGACUCAAGCCUAUCAACUGAGGGUUUUGGUCAAGAUUUAGAAUCGAUUCAAGCUUUAGUCAGAAAGCACGAAGUGUUUCUAACUGAUCUUGCUGCAGUAAAAGAACAAGUUGAAAGUGUUGUUGAAGAAGGAGGAAGACUGUCAGGCUUAUUCCCAGAUGCGAGAGAGCAUAUUGAAGUCAAACACGAAGAGGUGACGGAUGCUUGGACACAGCUUUUUGAAAAGACUGAACAAAGGAGGAAGCAUCUACAAGAAGCCGAACAGCUUCAAAGCUACUUUGACCUGUCUAGAGAUCUAAUGGCAUGGAUAAGUGAGAUGAUAGCCAAAGUCACGUCACCAGAAUUAGCCCAAGAUGUUUCGGGUGCUGAAGCACUGAUUUCACGACACAUGGAGCACAGGGCUGAGAUCGACAGCCGGGAAGAGGCUUUCAUACAAUUCUACACGACGGGAAAUGCUCUUGUGAAACAGGGUCAUUUUCUUUCUAAUGACAUCUUGGACAAAAUUAGGAUUCUGGAGCAACGAAAGCAGCUUCUCAACGAAACAUGGGAGCGACGUAAAAUCAUUUACGACCUCAGCCUUGAUACUCAAGUGUUUAUGAAAGAAGCAAACUUAUUAGAAAACUGGAUUAAUGCAAGAGAGCCGAUAUUGCACGAUGAAAAAUAUGGAGACUCAAUAGCACAAGUUGAGGAAUUAAUCCGUAAACACGAAGAUUUUGAAAAAACCAUCGAAGCGCAGGGAGACAAGUUUAAUGCACUUCGACGAAUCACUUUGCUCGAGCAAGCUUUUCACAGACAACAAGAGGCCGAGGCUUCAGCAAGACAAGCUGAAAGGGAAAGAGUUGAAAAAGAAAGAAUUGAAGCGAGGAAAAGGAAAGAAGUUCAAAGACUAUCAGAUGAGCGAAGGAAGGAAGAUGAAAGGAGAAGACAUGAAAUUAAUGGUGGUCCAGAAUCUCCUGGGAAAAACGCGAGCUUAAUUGAAGUGAAGCAUGAUUUGGUGAUUGAGCCAGGGAACUGGCCUUUCUCAAGUUCAAUAUUCGAGGAAGGACGAAGCAACCCUGAAUUGCAGACUGACAUAACCAAAACCCUUUCAUCUGCCAGUAUUAAUAGGUUAAUGCCUCAAGCGUCUCCCAACUCCAUACAAAAAUCUGGAAGUAUAUCAUCACUCUUUGUUGAUAAACUGAAGAAAGGCGAUGUUAAAAGAGCGGAAAGUAUGAAGGCUGAUCUUAAAAAACCAAAGAGGACGCCAUCCUUCACUACAAGGAGGAGGACACAGAGUUUCAGAAAACAUCAGAAAUUCGGCUCGGAUCAACUUGACCAACUGCCACCCGUUGAGAUUGAGGGUGUACUCGACAGAAAGCACGAGCUACAAAGCGGAGGAAAGAAAGCUGCUUUGCGAUCCUGGAAGAGUUUUUACACUGUGCUUUGUGGACAACUACUUUGCUUCUUUAAAGACCAAGAUGAUUUUGUUGCCAGUAAAGCUGCGACAUCUCCCAUUAUUAUUCUAAAUGCAAAAUGUGAGAAAGCUGAUAACUACACGAAGAGAAAACAUGUCUUCAGGUUGUGUUGUACCGAUGGAUCGGAAUUUCUUUUCCUUGCCCCCAGUGCGGCUGAUUUGGAAGAUUGGGUGAACAAAAUAACGUUUCACGCCCAAUUGCCACCGAGCUUACAGUUGAUGAGUUAUGACGAAAGUCGUAAAAAUAACUCUCCUGGAAUUGACAGACUCGCUCCAGUCGGGCCGGAAGAGAGUUCUGGGUCAAGUCAAGGUUCGACACCUGAUUUGGUGAGGAGACUGAAACCGCCGAUUCCUCCUCGUGGGGCUCCCCCACCAAUACCUGUUAGGAUGCCAUCAGUCGAGGGAAUAAAACCAAACCACGAAGUAGCCCCCACGGGCGGCAGGCCAAGGUCUUUACAACCGAUGCCUCAUACAAAUUCAAACCAAAAUGGAAACCUGGCUGAUUGGAGAAACUCCUCACUUGGAAAUGUGGAUUAUUCACCACAAGAAAUUCCUCCACCAUUACCUGCCACAGCCCCUCCUAAUAGACCUCUUGGACCUCCUGCUAGAGAACCAUGGCCAAAUGAUGCCACCAGUUACCGACAUGGAACAGUUUACGCAAAUCUGGGAAAUAAGCAGAAUAACACUUAUGGUACAAACCGUUCUUCGACGCUACCGACAAUAAGUGGGGGUGGAACAUCGCCGAGUAACGAUUCAUCUCGAAGACAAAGUGAGAGCUCAAGUGAAAAUGAACACCUUUCUUCCACCAAAGAAAUCCGUAAGGACAAAAAACCAAAUGUAUUAUCAAACUUCUUUAGGAAAAAGAAAACGACCAACAUGUAAAUUAAAAUGGUCUUAUUAUUGUAUCAUUUUAAAAAUUUACAGUUAUCACAGUUCUCUGUAUCUUCGUUUUAAUUAUUUUGAACUUUAUGAAAUUUGAAAUUGUUUUUUGUUUUUUAAAGCUGUAAAUAAGACAUAUUCUAUGAGGAAAUGCAUUGUUAAACUGGACAGUCUAAAAUGAAGCUAAUAAAUUGUUAAAGUUAUAUUUAAUGAUUGAUUAUAUAUAUUUUUAACUUUUUUCUUCUCUCUCUUGAAAUUCAAAACAAAUAAUAUUUACAUGUUUCAAAUUAUUAAUUAAACAGAAAUAUAAAACAUUCUUUUUAUUCAGUAUUAAAUGGUAAUAUUUGAAAGUAAUAAUAAAAAAUAAAGGAAAUAUAUAUAUGAAUAUUUAUAGUGUAUAAUGUUGUAUAAAUUAUUGAAGUUAAGUGCAAUGUAAAGUUUCACGAUUAUUUGACAAUAAGAUGUUAAUAAUUGUUUGCCAAAUUUUGAUUGUGAACAGCAAUUUUUGAUUAAAAAGAAAAACUAUACAUAUGUAUUUUAAAGUUUAUUAUCUAUUUAAGAGAAUGAGGUGUAUUCCAUUUAGUUACCUGGUAGAAAAUAUAAUAUAUACUUU